CAUCCGCGAGUUCUCGGCCGGUCUGACGCUCGCCAGCUCCGGCGGUGUCAUCUUCCGCAAUGGCUCCAUGCUCGAGAACGGCACGCGCCGCGACUUCUUCGACCUCAUCCCCGCCAACUAUGCGAUCCGCCUGUGCAGCAAGCAGACGAUGCUGCGCUCCGACUUCGUGUUCGCCAUGUACGAGGUGUACCUCGACGGCGAGGCCUGGGUGCCCACCAACGCCCAGCUGAUGCGCUCCGCCACGUGGUCCGACUACUUUGGCGCCAAGACGUGGAUCGGCUGCCAGUCGGCCCUCACCAACGCUGCGCUGAACCACAAGCUGCUCACGCCGCUCAGCGCCUUCGACUGGCUCAAGCAGAAGGAGAUCAUCAAGGCCCACACGUUCUGGGCGCGCAACGCGCAGGUCAUCGUCGACGCCGACAAGCAGCACAGCCUGCACACGCUCGAGGCCAUCGACGACAUCUUCCCCGGCCUGUCCGAGGCGCUCGCCCCCGUCGUCAACGGCUCGACGGACGUGACGGCCGCCGGCGACCCGGAGUCGACCGCACUGGUCAGCUCCAACUCGUUCGACAUCGCCCAGACGCUCUACCUCUCUGGCCAGGCGCCCGGCGCGUGGGCCAACCUCGUCGUCGGCCGCCCGGGCAACCCGCUGAGCGACUCGCCGCGAGGCUAUCCGCUCAGCGGCCUCGGCGCCUUCAGUCUCGCCUCGUUCCCGUCGCCCAACGAGUUCAACGCCGUCGUCGAGACGCAGUCGAAGCUGCGCCAGCACAAGACGCUCACCGCCAUCGAGGCCGACGUGCAGCUCAACAUUGCCGCCACGCUCGAGCAGCUCGCGCUCUCAAUGGAGCAGGCCAGCCUCGGCCGCGUGUCGUACGUCAACGACAAGUUCCCCGACUACUGGGUGCCGCAGGAGGUCGAGGUUGCCGCCGUGAGCAACAUCGCCGAGCUGCUCGGCAAGGGCAGCGGCCGCACGUCGGCCACGUCGUUUGAGAUGCUCGCCUCGUCGCACUCGCCCGCGCAGCACUUCACAUCGAUCCGCGUCUACUCGGCCCUCGACACUGGUCUCUGCCCGCCGUGCCCGGCCGACCACCCGACUGGCAACGGCAAGAACCGCUUCAACGGCGUGUACGAGGUGCAGGGCACGACGCUCAACAUCUACGUCUCGCGCCGCACGCAGAACCUCGGUGCCCUCAUCCUCCACACGGCGCUCUCGGCGUACGGCAUGUCGCGCGCCUCGUGCUUCAGCGCCGAGCUGCUCUACGACUCGAUCCUCGCCGCCGACCAGGCCAAGCUGCCCGAGCUGCCGCUGCGCCUCGAGGCCGACAUUGCCCAGCUGUCGCCGGCCGAGGCGCUGCGCUCGCUGCAGCACAUCACCAUGUGCGACGACUGCCGCGACGACGGCCUGACCGAGGCCGUCGGCGAGCGCCUGCAGUUCUACCUCGUCCAGGCCCCGUCGGCCGCGCGCCUGAAGCAGAUGCACGCCGAGGAGUUCCUCAGCGGCCGCAUCACGCCCGAGGAGCUCAUCCGCACGCGUCUCAACUGGUUCCUCGCGCAGGGCGCCUCGGCGCUCCCGUCGGAGGAGAAGUGCGUCGAGUACUUCAAGAUCGUCGACCGCACCGUCGCGCACUUCCAGCGCCACUACGACAAGUUCUCGCAGGAGCGCGUCAGCAAGCUGCUCGUGCACCUGCUCGACACGGAGCGCCCGUGCGUCGACAUGGCCUCGGACCUCUUCUCGCUCAUGCUGCUGUGCGCCAUCAAGCGUCUCGCCUUUGAGGAGGUGAUGCUCGAGGCCACCGACCGUCUGCCGCUGCUCUCCAACCAGCCCGACCAGGCGGCCGUGUACGCCGAGAUGUGGAUCAUGGGCUCCAACUGCGAGAUCUACUUCGACUGCACGCCGAAGCGGCUCGGCAUCGUGCUCUGGGACUACUACCGCGGCUACCUGCACGCCAAGAAGCCGGCGCGCGAGGCAUACAACGGCAUCGACCUCUUCACUGCCUACCCCUCAGCCAAGACGGACGUCGACCAGGCGGCCAUGAAGGCGCGCAGCCAGGAGGACAGCAAGAAGUUCCGCGCCAUUGCGUACUUUGGCGUCUUUGCCAUCCCGGCGCUGAUCGAUGUCAUGAUGCUCACGUUCCACGGCCGCGGCCUGUACCUGUCUGUCUCGAUGAGCGCCGUCGAGUCGCGCAGCGCCACGCUCGCCCUCGUCAUCUCGCUCGUGAUCUGCGGCCCCUUCACCAACUGGAUCGGCGCCGGCGGCUCGUACUACAAGUACGCCAUGACGCACGCCGUCAUGGUCAACUUCGUCGCCAACAAGGUCACGGCCGCCAUGCUCGUCGCCGCGUUCGGCUCGGUCCUCGGCUUCGUCUUCUUCACGGCCUUCGUCGGCCCGUACGCCGGCCUCAUCUUCUUCUGCUACUUCAUGCUGCUCUCGACGUACUUCACGUGCAUGGGCGCGCUCUGCGUGCUGCACUGGGGCGACCACCCGCUGCCGUCGGGCCGCACGGCCGUCGGCAAGUGCCUCAUGCUGCUGCUCGUCUCGCCCAUCGUCACGACGUACGUGCACGGCUGGGACAUUGCCGUGUACCUGCCGAUGCUCGCCAUCUUCACGGUGACGCUCUACAUCACGACGUUCCGCCUGCUGGCGACAUGGACGAACUGGCUGGCCGACUGCCCGACGCCCAAGGACGACGACAUCCUCGACUGGUACGCGCGCUCCUUCGGCGACGGCACGCACGAGAGCGUCUUUGCCGGCCUCACGGCGCCCGGCGCGCUCGAGCGUGCGCGCCUCGAGUUCUCGGCGCAGGUGACGCGCGAGCGCCACCGCCGCUUCUGGCAGAAGCCGACGCAGGACCCCUUCGUGGCCGAGAUUGCCGCCAAGCAGCACCUCACGUCGGCGAUCCUCAAGUGGUACUCGGGCCACUUCCACGCGUUCAUCCCGCUGCCCUACUCGUCCACCUGGGCCCUGCAGAGCAAGGUCGCGCUCGACACGCUGCGCAGCUUCGACAAGGGCCUCGCGCCGCACUCGGCCUUCAUCCUCUGGCGCCACUGCUCGCCCGAGGUCGCCUUCGGCGUCAUCUACUUCGUCCUCGCGCUGCUCGACCGCUGGAUCGAGCUCAUCUGCGGCGGCCAGAUCAUCGGCCUCGUGCUGCUCACCAACGGCACGACGCGCAUCGGCAUCUCGCUCGGCCUCAUCUACUACCUCAUGGGCGCCGUCGUGCUCGACAUCCGCUGCGCACCGCUGUACAUCCUCGCCCAGAAGACGUCGAGCGCGCCGCUGCGCUCGCUCACGCAGCUGCGCGAGGCCUCGACGCUCGACGCCCGCGCGCUGCGCAAGAUGUACUGGACCGAGCUCGGCGCCGCGUCGGCGAUGAUGAGCCUGGCGUUCGCCUUCUGCGCGCUCCUCGUCUGGCUCUUCGUCGACAGCGCCGAGGGCUUUGCGAUCUUCUGCGCCUACGUCGCCGGCUACACGGGCCUCAUGUGGUUCCAGUACAACCGCGUCUUUGCCGGCAACAACGCCAUGAAGCCGGUGCUCACGGGCGUCGCUCUCGGCCUCGCCUUCGGCCUGCCGAUCCGCAUUUGCCUGCCCGACUUCGCCUUUGGCCCGGUUAUUGCCCUCAACGUCGCCACCUGGUCCGCCAGCCUGCUCUCGCUUGCGCCCUGCGGCCUGUUCAGCCUCUCGCGCGCCGACCCCGAGCGCGAGUACGACGAGCUCAGCACCAAGGACACGUCGCGCAGCAAGUCGCAGCGCUUCGUGCACUCGCAGGACGCCAUCGGCCUCACGCGCCGCCUGGACGACAAGCAGAAGCAGGCGCUGCUGCGCUCCAUCGAGGAGCUGCAGCCGAUCCCGUCGAACAAGUUCUCGCUGCGCUGGGACCCCUCGGGAGACGAUGCGCUGUCCAGCGCUGUGCGCCAGGUCCUCGAGGAGGCCUGCGCCGGCGCCAAGGCCGACGAGCUCGCCGCGGCCUUCCCGACUGGCGAGCGCAUGCUCAACGACACGCUCCGCCGCUGGCAGGAGGGCCGCACGGAGGUCAAGCUGGUUAGCGAGAAGCACUUCGACCCGCGCGUCCGCGCGCUGAGCUACAGCCCCGACGACACGGCGCUCACCGUCUACAUAUCGAUGCCCAAGGACUUCAUGAUCGGCACGCGCACGGCGCUGCCCUUCUACGCGCGCUGCAUUGCCGAGGCCGUCGUGCACGAGACGUUCGAGGUGCUGUUCAACUUCUCGCACACGGAUGCCGUCCUUGCCGAGCUGCUCGUGUCGCCGCGUGCCACGCUCGAGGUGCCCUCGCGCGUCUUCGCCCAGCUCUUCUCCAAGACGGGCGCCGACCCGCGCGACAUCGUUGCCAAGCGCGACACGGAGCUCUCGCGCCACCUCGCCCUCGGCCUGAACCCCGACGAGUGCUGGACGGAGCUGCCGGAGAACACGCGCAAGCACAUUGUCAAGCGCUUUACGCGCACGCUGGACGACGAUGCAGCUGUUGAGGACGAGGCACACCAGCGCUGGAUCAAGGACACCUUCUCGCUCGCCAGCCAGACGGCGCCGUCGGUGUUCGUCGCCCGCCGCAACCUGCACGCGCGCCUGGUGCUGCUCAUCGACGAGGCCGUCAUCCGCUCCAACGUGCUCUCCGCGCCCAAGCAGUCCAACGAGGGCGUGCAGGAGGGCCAGGACGAGGACGCCGAGGAGAAGGUCGACGAGUACCGCAUGUCCUUCGAGCCGCCCAAGGCCCACCACUCGGUCUUCCGCCGCGUCUACAACUACACGCUCAGCAAGGCCGGCACGAUUGUCAAGCUCUUCUUCAUCUGCCUCUGCGGCGACAAGGACUUCCAGCGCGAGCUGCUCUUCGCCAUGCGCCACACGCGCCUGCGCCACGUCGUCGUGCCCGUGUGCGUGCGCGUGUGGAUGGCCGCGCGCCUCGCCAACGUCUUCGUCACGGACCUCUUCCUCUUCCAGGGCCGCCCGCACCUGCGCACGCUCGCCAAGACGGCCAAGAACGGCUACAAGACGACGCUGCGCGGCAACCGCGUGCAGGUGCAGCACCCCACGGAGCCCGUCACUGCCUUUGUCCAGCCGCCGCCGCCGCCGAGCAACAGCAGCUCGGAGAAGCUCAACGAGAAGACGGCGCCCGUCGCGGCUGCCUCGACGCUGCGCGUCUACGACGGCCGCCUGGACAAGGAGCCCGAGGGCAACACGCUGCUGCGCGCCAUCUGCUACUACGACGACGAGCAGCGCCUGCUGCGCCGCGAGACGUACAAGCACGCCCAGCUGCAGGACACGUUCGAGUACAACUACAAGAACAAGGACCGGACGCCCGCGGUGCGCAAGCGCCUCACGGCCGACGGCGGCGACAUGGCGCUGUACGACAAGCACGGGCGCAUCUCGGGCGAGACGCGCACGCUCAACGGCCGCAACUACGCCUGCAAGCUGCACUACCACCGCAAGCGCGGCGGCGCCAAGGAGGGCGUCAUCCGCGUCGAGUACGCGACGAUCGACGACAACGAGUUCGAGGGCCUGGAGCACGACUCGUUUGAGGUGUACUACAGCAACCCGCCGACGCGCAAGGCCGAGGACCUGACGCUGUGGGUGCCGCAGCGCCACAUCACGCGCCUCAUCACGCCGUACAUGGGCCGCAAGCGCGAGACGAUCUGGACCUACGACCACAAGAGCCACCCGGUCAUCUCGACGCAGUGCGAGGGCCACCCCGUGCCCAACCCGGACCUGGCCGUCAACGACACGUACGGCGUGCACAAGCCGCCGACGGGCUUCGCCUUCAAGGCCGAGGACCCGGCGUUCGGCCUCUCGCUGCCCGGGCAGGGCGGCUUCUUCGGCAAGGUCAAGCGUGCCUUUGCGCCCACGUCGCGCACCUCGCGCUUCACCACCUGGAAGGCGCGCGAGACGAUCUGGCGCGGCUGGAAGAACUCGAGCAACGUCGACGGCGUCGCGGCCAUGUACCUCGACGAGCAGGUGCUGCGCGGCGAGCCGCUGCUGCGGCCCUACUGGCACGCCCGCGACCGCGGCAACUUCCGCGCGGCCAUCAAAUACCUCAAGAAGCACGCCGAGGCCAUCGAGGGUGCCAUCGGCAUGGCGCCCGAGGUCUCGGGCUGGACGAUUCUCGCGACGAAGAUGUCUGACCUCUUCGCCAUGGGCGGCUCCUCCAACAUGGUCCUCAACACGCGCACCGCCGACGACCCCUUCGCGGGCCCCGAGGAGCAGAUGCACGUGCUUGCCACCGACACCGGCACCUGGCCCACCGAGGGCGGCGGUGUCUCGUGCUGCCGCCGCGACGUCGUCGACAACCUGAAGAAGAUCCGCUGGCACAUCGUCGCCGAGGUGGCCAACGACCUCGGCAUGCCGCGCUUCCAGAUCGAGAACCAGGUCGCCUCCGUCAAGCUGCUCGCGCAGUGGGGCCUCGACUUCCUCACGCCGCACCACGGCAUCCUGCAGAACAUCCUCGACGGCCAGGUCGACGAGCGGAUCCAGGGCGUCUCCGACGCCGAGAUCAAGCGCGACUUCAUCCCGCUGCUGCGCACCAUCGUCAUGGGCACGCGCACGCGCAAGUUCAGCAAGCAGGACAUCAAGAACCUCACGCAGGCGCUGCUCGACCUCAACUCGUACUUCGAGACGCGCGACUGGAACCGCGUGUGGCGCUCGGACCCCGUCAAGAAGGCCUUCCGCCGCUUCUGGCUCGACAACAGCGCCGAGCGCAUCAGCUCGACGGAGGACGCGCUCGACAUUGAGCUGCCGACGAUUGGCAACCUCGACGACACGCUCGACCUCUACUCGCGCUACCUGUUCAUCUUCGCGCUGCCCGUGCCCGCCGUGUGCCCGCCCGUGUUCCAGGCGACGCACCACUCGAUCGGCGCGCUGUACGGCAUCCUGUGCAAGAUCAAGCGCAACUGCUCGUUCCAGGUGUGGGACCACUCGAUCAUCUGGCGCGAGUGCAACACGUUCCUCAGCGCCUCGCAGUGCUCGCACCCGCCGUUUGUGCAGAACGCGCUGCUCGGCAUCAUGCGCAUGGCCGCCGUGCUCAACCUGCACCACUGCGACGUCGUGCUGCCGUGCACCGACCUCUUCAACCCCGAGUGGGAGGUCGAGCUCGGCACCGAGAUGGGCGUGCUCGAGGCGCGCGAGACGUUUGCGCGCAAGAUCGACGCCGUCGUCAACGGCAUCUGCAACAUGGACUCCUUCGAGCCCGUGGAGAAGGUGCUCACCGAGAAGCCGACGGUGACGAUGCUGUCGCACGUGCAGUACGUCAAGGACAUCAAGACGGCGCUGCUCGCCGCCGACAUCAUCGUCAACGAGUGGGGCUUCAGCGACUACCGCCUGCACAUCUACGGCGGCCUCGACCGCAUGCCGUCGUACACCGUCGAGUGCCAGGAGCUGCUGGCGUCCAAGGGCCUGCGCGGCUUCGUCGAGUUCAAGGGCUACGGCAACCCAAAGAAGGUGCUCGCCGACACGUGGCUCUUCCUCAACUCGAGCAUCAGCGAGGGCCUGCCGCUGGCCAUCGGCGAGGCGGCGCUGACGGGCGCGCCCAUUGUGUGCACCGACGUCGGCGCCACGGCGCUCGUGCUGCAGGACAUCGACGACCCCUCGAAGCUCUACGGCGAGGUCGUGAACCCGAACCGCGCGCGCGACCUCGCCCGCGCCCAGAUCAACGUGCUCGGCGUCAUGGGCCAGUGGGCCGACUACGCCGAGGUCGAGGGCGAGGAUCCGUGGACGGGCGGCCUGUGCGACCACCCGACGAUCGAGCAGGUCAACGAGGUGCAGGCGCGCAUGUACACGCAGUCGGAGAACCGCCGCCGCCUUGGCCUCAACAUGCGCACGACGGUGCAGAAGAAGUUCGACGGCGACCGCUACUUGCGCGAGCACGAGCAGAUGCUCUGGGCGGGCAAGGAGCUCGCCGACGGGCGCCGGCGCAUGUACGCCGGCACGUCGGAGGACGACCUCGUCGUCAACUACAAGACGCUCGAGAACAUGUUCCGCCGCCCCACGAUGCUCCAGAGCGUCUCGGGCUUCUCGGCCUUCAGCAGCAGCGGCGGCACGUCGCGCACCACCUCGACGCACAACCUCUCCUCCAUCGGCGGCCACUCGGGCCCCUACUUUGGCCCCAACGGCUCGUACCCGACGUUCGGCGAGUCGUCCGACGGCCACGGCACGUGGGCCGGCGGCUCGUCGACGGGCCACGGCACGCCCAACUGGAUCCAGUCCAACGCCGGCAGCACGACGUCGUCGCGCCGCGGCUCCAUCUCUGGCGGCUUCUAGGCGGCGGACGCAGAAGCCCCACCCACACUCCUUGCCCUGCGCGCCCGGCGCCGCAGCGCCCCCACACUCCUUCCGUAGAGCCCCUCAUCAUUCAUUCACCCAGUGCCAUGCAGCGCACGCCCACACUCCUUUGCAUCACACCCCUCUUCCCGUCCUGGUCUUGUCGCUGCUGGCUCCGCCGCCGACCGUUACCUGCUCGCCGCUCCUUCU